AUGGAAGAAGACUGGGAACUCUUAGAACUCUCAGGACCAAUUGAAAAUUUUGCGGUGCAUGAGGUGAAUAAUGUAAUUGGUUAUAGCAUAGGGACAGUUAUUGUGCUGUGGGAUCCAAAUACAAAUAGAAAAGUCUCUAUUAGGAGUCAAAAUGGGCCGGUUUCGUCAAUUAUUUUUUCACAGGGUUUUGAUUAUUUAAUUACAAUUUCGAGUUCGGCGAAGCCGAUGAUUUCUGUGUGGAGGUGAAGGACUUUAGAUUUGGAAAGCAGCGUGUGGCUGCCUUAUAAAGAAAGAAAAAAAUCACCUGUUAAUGUUAUUUGCAAUUUGAUAGGAAAUCGGCUUAUUGCGAUUGAGAAUGAAGCAGGAGGAGGGUAUAGGGUUUCUAUAUGAGAAUGGAAAGCCCCUGAUUUGGUGCUGAUAUUGGUAGAGGAGUUAGAUAUGGAAAACCAGUGUAUUUAUACGAGUAUUUUGAAUGAUCAAGUUACCUUGCUAACUGCAGAAAAAAAUUGUUUGAAGCUAUUCUUAUUUAUUAGGUUUAAAGCUAUUUUAUUAGAGAAGAUAGCCAAGUUUUAUAGAGAAUGGCAUAAGGAGUUAUUGUUUUUAUUUUUUUAAUUUUUCUGUAUAGCAUAUGAAAAAUCGAAGAAAAAAUUUCGAUUGACAAAAGAAUGCAUUUAAAAUACAAACUUUUGCAGGCCGAAUAUAUAGCAAGCCUAGGAAUUUUUAUUGUACUUUAUGAUACUGGAAAAGCGGUCUCUAUCAAUACACUUGGAAAAGCUAUAGCAAAUAUUGAGCAUCAAAAUUUAAAACUCACAUGUUUUUCUGUUAUAAGUGAGCAGAUUUAUUUCGGGACUAAUAAUGGAUCAAUAAUUACAUAUAGCCAUAAAUAAUAACUUUUUAAUUUAUUUAUCUUAUAAAAAUAAUAUUUUAUUCACAGCAAAAUAUAUACACCCUACGCAGUUACAGAAUGAUCCAAGAAUUUUCUCCAUUAAAGCUAUGCCCUAUAAAAUCUAUAUUUUCCAGCUGAUAUCUUUAUAUAAGCUACUCAGACGCAAAUUUCCAAGUAAUUUCCCUUUCCCAGAGAUCAAUCAUAUGUGAAACCUAUGGCCAUAACACCAAAAUUAUCUCUUUAUCCUGAUAUGACAGAUGAAAUGUCAUCACCGCUGCAAAAUCUUUAAAUAUUUGAAGGCAUUCAGGCAAAGGCUGGACUCCUCAAACACUAGAAAUAAAUGACGAAAUUUCUGCCUUAGGGGUGCACCCAUUAAAAAAGGCUUUUUGUUUAGGGACUUUUAAUGGGGUUUUGCGGCUCUAUGAUUUUAAAGCUCAGCAUCGGCUAAUCCAAAGCUUCCAAAUAGGCGCCUUACCAGUUUAUGAUAUUGCUUAUACAGAUGAUGGAAAUUUUAUAGGAAUUGGUUUUACGUCUGGACAAGCUGUAUUAAUGGACCAAUAUUGUCAGCAAAUUCUGGUUAGACUAGAAGAUACCUGGUCUAGAAAUGGGCCUUGUUUGCAGACUGUGCAGCAUUUGACUAAUGCUUCUCAGGUAAAAUUUUUGACUUUGCAUGAAGAAGGAUGUCUGCAGCUUCACCAUAUGGAAAUUCGGUAUAAUCAGCUGAAUAAAACACAGUUUAAUUUAUUUUAUAUUGAAGGGAAAUGUACAGGGUAUUCAUUACAUGUGAGUGGGAAUUAUGCAAUUGCGGUAUCUGAUAUAGGAGCAAUAUAUAUUUUUAAUGUGCAGCUAGGAAAUAUUACUGGGGUCAUAUCAAUUGAACCGGAGCCUAAAGGAUGUUUUCAGGAUCCCUCAGGAUUAUAUAUCGCUUAUAAAUAUAUAAUAAAAAGUAUAUUUAUUAAAAAUAUAGGGCUAAGCCUCAGCUUUAUUAGGAAUAUAUAGGAAUCCUCAUAAAAAAUCCUGAAAAUUGCUAUACAACUCUAGUGUUAUAUGAAAUUGGCACAGGCAGAAAAGCUGGAGAGCUAUCGAAACUUGACAACUGCGAUUCUUUAAAUUCAAUUAAAUGGAACUUUGACGGACGAUUCAUAGUCAUAGGCGGCUCUUCAGGAAUUCUCUCUUUAUGAAGAACACCUGAUCAAAUUAUCAAUAAAAUUACAGAAAUGAAUGACCAUCUGCGCAGAGAUAAAGAGUUUUGGACCCAUUUCCCAUUGGAACUUAAUAAUAAAUCAUUGAGAAAUGGGACAAAUCCCUUGGUUUUUGAUGCUACAGCUGAACUAAAUGAUACACAAGGAGCCUUUUAUAACUCAAUUGUAAAGCUAAAGAAGCAGCCACAGAGAAAUUUGGUAAGAAAUGAGCAGCUUUAUGUGGUCACUGACGCGCCAGUAACAUUGACAAGAAGGUCAAGAUCUUCAAACCCUGUCAAAAAAACUGUAAAUAAUGACCCAAAUUUGUAUAAUUUAUUACAUAAUAUAAAGGACUGUUAUAUUUAUUUUUUUUAUAAAAAUAAUUUUCUGUCAAAAUCAGUGUAAAUUUCUAUAUUAUUCAUCAGCAAAAACAAAUACUCAGUUCAGACCUAGAGGCAUAACCAGUGUAGAUUCUUUUACUAUUGAAAGUGUAAACCAAACAGUGAUGGAAGACCCAAGAGAUAUAGACAUAGAAUGCGAACAAAUUGGAGUGAACAACGAUUUUGAGUCUUUUUCAAACGGCACCAAUAAUACAGAAGAAAGAGAACAGCUAUAUGGAGGUAUUGAUAGAUUUUUAUAA